AUGGGCUCCUACAUGGGAGAGGAUGCGGCGGUCCUUCUGUCCGGAAGGGGUACGAGGAGCCCAGAGAAGCUGGUGGGCCUGGAGCCGAACGGAGAGACGGUCAAUAUCAGGGACAUGGAGCUGAAAGAGGAAUGGCAAGACGACGAAUUCCCCCGGCCCCUUCCAGAAGAGAUCUCCGAAGAGGACUUUGAAGACUGCAGUUUAGACCUGAGCCCAGCUGUCACCCCCAACACCCUGGAGCUGUGUGGCCGUCGGCGAAUGAAGAAACGCCUCCCCGCGCCGGAUCUCGGCGAGGGCUCGGUGAAGUCCGGCGAAUUCCCGCCGCACACGCCGGACGGCAGCCUGGACAUCAACGUGGACGAGCUCGAGACGCCGUCCGAUAGCGACCUGCAGGAGGGAUCUGAGAAUGGGCACGAGUACGAAUGGGAAGAUGACCUCCCCCGGGCCCAGCGGCUGGACAGCAACCUGUCUGAGAAAUUUUGCUCUGACCACGUGGUGGACUUCAAGAGCGAGGACGGGCGGAUGUGGCGGAUCUUCCGGCUGGACGAGAGGGAAGAGAAAGUGGACUUGGGGGCCAUCGGGCCCUACAAGAGGGUCAUCUCCCACGGAGGUUACUACGGGGAAGGCCUCAACGCCAUCAUUGUGUUUGCCUCAUGCUACUUACCGGAGAGCUCCACCCCCAGUUACCCCUACGUCAUGGAGAACCUCUUCAGGUACAUCAGUAGUACCCUGGAGCUGAUGGUGGCAGAAAACUACACAUUGGUGUGUCUGAAUGGGGCCACCCCUCGCAGCCAGGUUCCUUCCUUCGCCUGGAUCAGACAGUGUUAUCAGACCCUUGACAGGAGACUCCGGAAGAACUUGAAAUCGUUGAUUCUGGUGCAUUCCUCCUGGUAUGUCAAAGCCCUAAUGGCCGUGUUCAGACCGUUCAUCAGUUCCAAGUUCAGCCAGAAGGUCCAGUUUGUAAACAGCUUGGAAGAACUGGGUCAGCUCAUCCCCUUGGAUCAAGCGCACAUCCCUGACUGCAUCCGCCAAGUGGAUCGAUCCAGGAACACUUCUACAGCUACUGAUGGAUGA